AUGUGUAAGUUCUUCCCGGAAAUCCUGGAAGGCGAGGCAAGGAAAUGGUUCUACAACCUCUCACCAGGAACAAUUGACAGUUACGAGACUCUAGUCGAAGCCUUUCUUGAAACGUACAUGCACAACAUCAGACCUCGUCCCAGGGUCAACAGGUUAUUCACCUUGGCUCGACGGUUUAGGAAGCCUCUCAGAUUAUUGACCGAUCGAUGGAGAAAUUUGUGUACAGAAAUUGGGAAGGUACCAGUCGACCAGCAGAUAUUCGGGUUCGAAAACGCACUAGGGAGGUCAGAUCCCAUCUGGAUAGCCAUGUUCACUGAAAAGCCACAAACAUUGAAGGAAAUGAGGAAAAUGCAAGAACAUUUCAUCGCCCUAGAAGAAAUUCAGGAAGAAUCAAGGGAUAGAGGAGUGCAAGAGGCUAGUGCGGCGCCCGAGUCGACAUCGGACGAUGUUCAACAUCGUCCCGAGAAGAGACCGAGCCCACCUACGCGAGGAAAUGAGAAGAAGGAAUGGGUAGCUAAAGGAAAGAGGCUGAGGCACGAGGCGAGAACCUACACCCCUUUGAAUGCUCCACUAGAGGAAAUCUUCAAAGAGGUCGAGAAAAGGAGUGACAUCAUAUACCUAGCUUCAAGAGGGAUACAGUUCGAGGAGACCAAGGAUCACCCAGAGUAUUGCCAUUAUCAUAAAUAUAGAGGUCACUCUACAAAUAACUUUCGAGAAGUAAAAGACAUCGUGCAACAUCUUAUUCGAGACGGUUACCUGAGACAGUUCGUCCAACACCCGGCCCAGACGACCGCAUCGCCCGAUGCACCCGUCCACCAGGUCAGUAUCGACAGAUCCAUGCAGUUUGUCAACACGAUUUCGCAUUCGGACACUCAAGCGUACAAUCUGAAUCCUGGAAUCAUGUCUAGAAUCCGCAAGAGGGAUCAUAAUGGGAAGGAAAUUUUCAGUGUAGCAAAAGCUUUGCCGAUGGAACCCUGGAUGCUGCGACCCAUCUUUUUUUCGGCUCAGAAUGUCCCAAUGAACGACCAAGCUCACAGUGAUCCCUUGGUUAUCACCCUGCUGAUUGAGGAAUGGGGGGUAAGAAGGAUACUAGUGGAUAAUGGGAGCUCAGUCGAAGUACUCUUCUACGACACGUUCAAGAGGAUGGAGUUGUCAGAUGAUAUACUCGUCCCAUCGACAUAUCGUAUCUACGGUUUUAAUGGGACCGUGACCAUCCCAAAGGGCGAAGUAACCCUAAGGGUAUCGGACGGGGGUGGUUACCUAGAUACAUUAACUACAUUCUGUGUGGUCGAUGUCGCCUCGCCCUAUGAAGCUAUUAUCGGGAGACCGUGGAUCGUGGGAAUCAAAGGAGUGGCAUUGGCUUAUCAUCAGAGGCUACGAUUCCCAAUGUACAAGGGGAUAGAUGAGGUCGUAGGAGAUUCAAAGUCAGCCCGACAAUGCAUGCAGGUCGAUGCCCAGAUAAAUGAGGAGCGGCGAGCAAGACAAAGGGGAGAUAAGAACAAGGCUAAAGAAACCAAAGCCGCAGAGGAACUGGAAAGAUUUAUUUCGCAGGCGGUCAUGACAUACGAAACACAAGGAAACGAGCCUUCAUAG